AUUGUUACGUCCCUGAUGUCCGUGUUCAUCGGGACGACGCCGAUUAAUUUCUCUCUUUAUUCGACAAUUCGUAGAAAUUUUGGAAAGUCCUUCUACUCUUUAUUCGACAAUUCGUGGAAAUUUUGGAAAGUCCUUCUGCCUUUAAUUGUCGGGACGACAAUUCAGUAAGGAGGAGGCAAGUGUUACGUCCCUGGUGUCCGUGUUCAUCGGGAUGGCGCCGAUUAACAAGAACAUCUGGUUCGAAAGGUUGUUGACAGCAGUGUCUGUCAUUUGAGCCAGCUGUCAAGCUGAGCGGAUCCGCAUUCUUAUCGAGCCGAUCCGUGUUAUUAUUAUUGUGUGUUAACGUUCUGUGGUUAUGUUUCUGUGUUCUGUGUUGUGCAUUAAAGUUCUUUUGUGCAUUCUAGUUCCUUUUAAAAGUGUUUAUUUAUUUCGCGAGCAGCUGACCUCUUUAGCGCGCCUUCGAUAUCUAUCGAAGUCCUCGCCGCGAGCGUAACAAUAUUAUUGUAAUAAGCAUUGCUUGAUUAUAUACGUAGUAUAUACGUAGAAUAUUUUUUCUGUGUGCUCAUUUUAAGAUAAUCAUUCUUGCAUUGGAUGACUAUCUCAACAUUCUCCUCGAGAAAUCAGUAAGCCGUCGACUUAUCGUGUGCGUAGUAUCAUUAGUGCGUAGUAUCAUUAGUUAUCUGCUCUACAUUGUAAGAUAGAUUCAUCUGUAAAUAAACGGAUCACUUUUGAGCAUUACAACCAUGUCAAACGUAAUAUCGCCGCCUCGAUACGUUACUAUAGAGGAAGAGUGUAAACGAAAUCCAAAACUCAAAAUGUCAGAUUUGCAAAUAGUGAAGGAUUGGAUGAACAAGCAACCUCAUUUACCAAAUAUAGAGAUGAUAUAUUUUGUUUUAUUUCUUCAUAGUAAUUAUUACCAUCUAGAGAUGACCAAACAAACAAUAGACAAUUUUUAUACUUCAAGAACGCAUUUGCCAGAAAUAUUCUCCAAUAGAGAUCCAAUUGGAUGGAAGGAAUUACGAAAGGCUUUCACCGUCUUGGCGGUUAUGCCAUUGGAGCAGAAAACCAAAGAGGGAUACAUCAUGACGUUCGCCAAGUUGUUGAAUCCGGAUCCAAAUAAAUUUGACUAUCUCGAGUGUAUGAAAUAUUUCUUUAUGAUGUGUGAAGUACAAAAUAUAAUAAAAGGCACCAGUGAGGGGCAAAUUAUCAUCUUUGACCCAUCGGGCCUAUCCAUUGGUCAUAUCAUUCAUAUAAAUUUAAUGAUAGUAAAAAAGAUAGUAUACUAUAUACAAGAAGCUAUCCCAGUUCGAUUAAAAGCCAUACAUAUACUGAACACUAUGCCGAUAAUAGACACGCUACUGAAUAUGAUAAAACCUUUUUUGAAAGCAGAAUUGCUUCAGCUUAUACACUUUCAUUCAAGCUUGGAAACUAUGCAGGAAUUUGUGCCCAUCGAAGCUUUGCCAAAUCAAUAUGGCGGAAAAGCGAGAUCUAUUGAGGAAAUAGCUGCUAAAAACAUCAAAUUAUUGGAAGAAUUCCGCGAAUGGUUUCAAUACGACGAAUGUGUUGGACGGGUGAAUGAAUCUCUGCGAACUGAAAAAUUGCAAGAUGCGGAAAGCUUAUUCGGUGUGGAUGGUAGCUUUAAAAAAUUGGAUAUAGAUUGAUGGUUAAAUAUGAAAUCAAGUAUCUCUGAAAAAUAUUUGUAAUUUUCUAUGCUCUCUCCCUCGUAAAGCAUCAUAUUCUCGUAUUAUUCAAUAAUUUUUUUUAACUCGCAUUAUACCAGCAUAAUUUUGUGCAGAUAAAUGAGAAAGAAAAAGAGAUGAAAUUUAAUUACAUUUAAUCAAUUUGAUAAUAAUAUAUUAAUUUGCAUUAUACAUACCCACACACACACACACACACACACCCACCCAUAAAACCAUAUUGUUGGCAAUAAUAAUAUAUUAUAGUUACAUAAUUAAGUUAUUCAUUGAAUUAUAUAUAUUCGUUGGUUUAUUAUCUGUAUGCGUAUAUAUGCAUACGUUUAUUAAUUUUUAAUUAAGCGUUUCUCUCGAUUGUUCGUCUUAUAAGAACAUGCUACAAGAACCUUGACGUGUACGUUGCGAUCAUAUAAUGUCCAUAGAUAUUACACGUUUCACAAUGCAUAAUUUCAUGCACGCUACUCUAAUUACGAUUGGUUUAUAAUACAAAUUAGGCUUGUACAUCCGCA